GUAUUGAGCUAUUAACAAUUUGACAACCAUUUUGAAGUAUCAUCGUCGUAUUGUUGUCGUUACUUUAGAAUUAUUUACUGUUAAUACUAACAAUGGGUUUGGCUACUGUAAUAGAUAAUGAGGCACAUUUUCAAUCUGAAAUGGCUAAUGCUGGCACAAAGCUAGUUGUUGUCGAUUUCACAGCGACUUGGUGCCCACCAUGUCAGAGGAUUGCUCCGUUUUUUGAACAAUUACCAGCUAAAUUUCCUAGAGCAGUAUUCUUAAAGGUAGAUGUAGAUAGAUGUGCUGAAACAGCGAGUGCACAGGGUAUCAGUGCGAUGCCUACAUUUAUAUUUUACAGAAACCGAACAAGAAUUGAUAGACUACAAGGUGCGGACGUUGCAAGCUUAGAAAAUAAAGUGAGACAGUACUAUGGCACCGAAGAUGCUGGGGAUGAUGACAAUACUGUUGCUGGACACAUGGACUUAGGAACAUUUAUUGUUAAGAAUGAAUGUGAAUGCUUGAACGAAGCUGAUGAUCAUCCCUUAGCUCACUGCCUAACCAGUGGUGGUGGAUAUCUGGAGAGUGACUGUGAUGAACAGCUCAUCAUUAAUAUCUCAUUCAAUCAGGUGGUGAAACUACAUUCUCUCAAAAUUAAAGCUCCCAGUGACAAAGGACCCAAGUUUGUUAAAGUGUUCAUAAAUCAACCAAGAACACUGGAUUUUGAUCAGGCUAGUGCCAAUGCGUCAAUACAAGAUUUAGAGUUGUCUCCGAGUGACUUAGAGGGAAAUCCAAUUCCUCUUAAAUUUGUAAAGUUCCAGAGUGUUCAAAACAUUCAGUUAUUCAUAAAGGACAAUCAGUCAGGUGGAGAAGUAACUCAGAUUGAUCAUCUUGCUUUCUACGGCUCGCCCAUUUCUACAACUAAUAUGGGUGAAUUCAAACGUGUUGCGGGUAAAAAGGGGGAAAGUCACUAGCCCAGACUUUUGCAGUGUUGUCGAUAGUUUAAUUCUGAGAAGCGAAAAAUGCAUUUUUAUUUGAUAUAUAUUUUGAAAAUUACUAAAACUUUAAUUUUUAUUGCUUUCAAUUUUAUUCUUAUUAAUGCUUCGGAAGAAAAUAAAACUGACAACGUGCUGCAAAACAAAUGUGAAAGACUACUUCAAGUGUGGUAGUUAUAAUUAAGGCUAAGUGAAGUAAAAUAUGUGUUAGAAAACUAAACAUUCAGGUAAUACAAUAUUAUUCAUAAAGUGUUAAAUAUAAAGCAAUCCUAAUAUAUUGUCUUAUAUAUUAAUCUGGGUAGUAUGUUACAUUCUGUAAUAAUGGGUACUUAUAAAAUUAGAAAAACAAAAUGUUUGUAUAUUCAAUAAAUAAAAAAUGUAAUGUCUUAA